AUGUCCCAGUCUCACCCCGAACCCCUCGUCUGGCUCAUAACCGGCACCUCCACCGGCUUCGGCCACCUCUUCGCCCUCACCGCCCUCGCCCGCGGUGACCACGUCCUCGCGACCUCCCGCCGCGCCACCACGCGCCCGGAACUCAUCUCCCUGCGCGAAAAAGGCGCGCACCUCAUCGACCUCGACGUCACUGCUUCUAAAACCGAGAUUGAGAAAGUGGUGAACGAGGCGCUGAAGGUUUAUGGAAGGGUGGAUGUCCUGGUUAAUAAUGCGGGGUAUGUCGAGAUGUCGAUUGUGGAGGAGUUGGAGGAAGAAAAACUCAUGAAUCAACUACAAACCAAUUUCUUCGGCGCCCAGAGAAUCACUCAAGCCCUCCUCCCACACUUCCGCACCCGCCGCACAGGAAAAAUAGCCUUCAUAGGCUCCAUCUUCGGCCUCUACGCCAUGCCAAUGACAUUCCCCUACUCGGCCUCCAAGUUCCUCCUCGCGGCCUACAACGAAGCGCUCAACGCCGAGAUGGGCCAGUUUGGCGUGAAAAGCAUCCUCUUCGACAUCGGCCAUUUCCGCACCGGUGUCGUCGGGCAUGCGAAAUUCUCUGUUAGUGGGGAGGAGGAUUAUGCGGGAUUGAUGGGGGUUUUGGCUGAGUCGAGUCAAAAGAUGAACGGCGCCCAACCAGGCGAUCCUGAAAAAGGCGUCAAGGUAAUGGUCGAUGUGAUCAGGGAGGAGGGAAAGGCGAAGGGCAGGAAGUGGCCGCUCAGGGUCCCGGUUGGGGGCGAUGCGGUGGAGGUCGCGAGGGGACGGGGGAGGGAGAUUGUGGGGGCUGUGGAGGAGUGGGAAGGGGUUGUUGGGGGAGCGGAGACGGAUUUUGAGGGGGUGAUCAACCAAAAGUGA